CCAUAGAGUAUUUAGGCGCCUACAUUGAAGCAUUCUCUUUCAAAAAGUCUAGAGCUGAGGCAUUGUAUUCUGCACGUCAACUUCCAGUCUGGCGUGCAGCUUGUUAGAAUCCGACGUCUUCUCUAGGCAGCCACCCUUACAGACAGACGACCAACAUGGCUACCCACAACAUCACCACGAUACCCACCGAAAUCCUCACAUCCAUUUUCGAGUACUUCGUAGACGAUCACAAAACGCUCGAAGGUCUCUGCGAGACCCAUCCAGAGUUCGCUCCAUCGGCAAACACAGUACGCAACUGCGUUCGAAGAGUCCUUGUCCGCGGAAAUGGUGCGCAAGAAGCGUGCACAGAGUUUGCGGAAGAGCUUCGUCGGACCCAGACACCAUCUGGUAACACCAUCGGACCCAUACGCUAUCUUGAGCUCGUCUUCGACAGCCGGGCAGAGUUCCGCCUAGAAGACGCAACGCAACAAGUCCUGGAUUCCCUCCCAGCAGUCCAACACGUCACGCUCAAGAUCAACGCUCGCCCAUUUCCUGAAAAUCCCCGUCAAGAGCAAAUCGAGAAUCUCGAAGAAAAGACGCGCGGAGCCGUGGAAGACUAUUCGAAACUCAUGGACAUGCUGAACACGCUUCGACCCGCAAGAAGAAUCGGUCUCAGUCUCAUUAUCAAUGACUGCAUACUCCGUGCUUCCCCCAUCAUCGCACAACAAUACCCCAACAUCACGCUCCGAGAUUUCGACAUCAAGAUAUACUUGUGUCAACCCAACACCCUCGUCGCCUUGGCCGAGCGCUUGCUCUACGCAACGAAAACCCUGACCGAUUUCACGAUACUGGAGGACCAAAAGAGCCCGUGGGAAUGCCACUGGGUAUCUCCCCCUCCUAUGCCAUUUUCUGGCCUCACUUCCCUAAAAAGACUGCACAUACCCGCUAGCUGCUGGUUCUCUGAAGCGGCAUACGGUGCCUAUGCAGGUCCCCAGGGCUUCCUGUGGAAGCGCGAAGGUGUACGCCCAUCAAUCGUUCACUUACUCCCUUCAUCACUUGCCUCACUCCGAGUCGACUUCACAGGCUGUGCGGCUAUCUUUGCUGUUGGACAGGGUUAUCGCGCCGCCUUCUCCGGCAUGACGUCCGACGAGAUCAAGAUGAAAAUGAGGCCAUGCUGGAACUGGAUAUAUGAGAUUGCCGCUGCUGAUCCUGCGCAAUUUCCUCAUUUGGAGAAGGUGGAGGUGCUGGAGCUGAAGCAUGUGGUUAGUGAUAGGGGUAGGGUCGUUCAGUGUGAGGAGCCAGUGGAUUGGGAUCCGCCAGAGGAACUGAAGAAGGCGUUUGCGGAUAGGAAGACCAGGUUGAGGAUUCAGAUUCGGGGCAAAACGGAAACUAGAAAGGCGACGCAGGGAAGACAGCAAGUUAAUGUGCAGGCAACGUGAUAGUCUACUCACGUAGUAAUGAUUUACUUCGGCAUUCUGUUUGCCUUUAGUCCAGGAGAUUCCUACCGCUAUACAAACCCCAUGACACUACCACCCUAGUUCCUCGUGGAGAUCGGUCCGACAACACAGGAGUGUGGUAUACUGUUGAAGAUAGCCAUGUUUCGGAUUCUUCCUCUCGAUAUGCUGAGUCAGCUGUGGUCAAACAACACGGUUUCUUUCAUUUUUGGCAUCUCUUAACAUAUGAGCCUUACACAUCACACAACCUAUAUUCA